AAAACACACAAACCAAUACAGAAGUCAAGGCUAUAGUCAGAUCUCAGUAAGUUUCACUUCUCAAUUAAACAGGAAGUUGCAGAUGAAUAAAUGACAAAGAAACAGUAAAGACGCUCGUUCAGGAGCUGACAUUCAACUUGGCAAAUACCGCAUACUUCAUCCUGCAGUAUUUCAGGGGACCCAGGAAAAUGCUUCCACCCUUGAUAGUAAUGUUCACGCUCAUCUCUUUUACCUGUGGAGAAAAUCCUGCAAUACAAGUCACCCUGACUGACAAAGGGCUUCAGUAUGGAAAGAAUGUAGGUGCAGGAUGGGUUCAGGAGAGGCUGAAGCUUGUCACUCUCCCUGACAUCAAUGGUAAAAUCGGCUUCGGGAUCAUCAACAUAGACUACACACUAACAGGCAUCACCAUAACAAAGUGUGACUUGCCGCAGCCAUCUGUUCAGUUCUAUCAGGACGUCGGAGGUUUCAAGACAUCCAUCUCUGGCCUCAGUGUGGCACUAUCCGGCGGGUGGAUGACAAACUUUGGCAUAAUACAUGACGGGGGAUCAUUCAACAUGGCUAUAUUUAAUAUGGAUGUGACCUCUGUAGUGGAGCUGGGGAAAGAUGCUAACGGGCAUCUGUCUGUCACAAGUGUCCACUGUGAUGCACAUAUUGGAGAUGAGAACAUACAAUUUCACGGUGGAGCUAGUUGGAUCGUCCAGGAGCUUGUGGAUUAUUUCAAGGGGCAUAUCAAGGGUGAAAUAGAGGGCACAAUCUGCCCUUAUGUGAAGGAAUCCAUUGUAACAUUGGAGUACCACCUACAGGCCAUGAAUGUUUCCUUUGAUGUGGAUGAAGCCUUUACUUUUGACCUCUCUCUCACCGGCGCACCCCUCAUUAAUGCUUCAAGUAUGAAUCUGGGUCUUAAGGGAGAGUUGUACGAUAUCAAAACUCACACAGACCCUCCCUUUGAGGCCCAGCCUUUCACCCUGCCUGAGCAGCCGGGCUACAUGUUGUCAGUGGGCCUGUCUGAGUUCACUCUGAACUCUGCCUCAUAUGGACUCUACUCCGCUGGAUGGCUUAAGGCACUAAUCACUGACAGCAUGAUACCUCCACACUUCCCUGUGCGCCUAAAUACCAGCUCAAUGGGGCCUUACAUUCCUCAGCUUCCCAAGAUGUUUCCAGGUCUGCUAAUGAAUCUGCACAUUUAUGCUAGAGAGUUGCCAAUGUUUUCCUUCCAUCCCGGUGUUGUUAAACUGGGCUUUCCGGGCGCUGUUAAAGCUUUCGCCAUCCAGCCAAAUGGCACCCAGACCCCACUGUUCAAACUCGAUGUUGACUCAAAAUUCAGUGGUAAAGUGCAGAUUGUUGGUGGAAGACUGAACGGCUCCAUGUCAUUGGAUAAUUAUACACUGACACUGGCGGCGAGUGAAGUGGGACCUUUUAAGACCGAUACUUUAGAACGCUUUGCGAGGCUGGGAAUGAUGAUGGCCUUAUCAAAACUGAAUGUGGCACUGAACAAAGGUGUUGAUUUACCCAGAAUGAGACACGCACAGCUGGUUAACACACUUCUGAGUGUGGAAGAGGGAUUCAUAGCCGUCUCUUCAGAUGCUCAGGUGCUGACAGACAGAGGCUUCAACUGACAAACAUCGAAACUUUAAACAAGUAAACAACCUGGAUUUGUUUACAUCUACAGCCUUAUAAAGUGGUAUUCAGCCUCAAAUCUGAUCUUUUUUAACACAAUGUACUAACAUUAAAUAUAUUCUUGAAAGUGCAUUUCGACUGUUUUAAUGUAAACAACAAAACAUAGCUAAUUCAAUGGGUUGAAAAUCUUAUACAUACAGUAUAUAAUUUCCAUUAGACAGAGAAAAAGUGUAAAUUUCAUUUUAAAGCCAAUUUUAUAUGAUUUGCAUUACAUUAUUUUCUCUUUCAAACACCUCUCAUGACUUAAGGUUUUGUUUGUAGAAAAAUUAGACAAUUAUGGUCUGUUGCAGAAUGCUGUAAGAAAUAGGCCAUUGUUCAUACUACCACCAGAGGGCACCGCAUUUAAAAUAUACAGAAAUGUUUUAGAAAUACAAGGUCAGGAUUGUACAGUAGUACUGGAUGGGGGAAUAAUUCAAAUGUUAUGCAAUCUUUGAUCCCCAGGAAUAGGAAUAUCUUCUUUUAUCUGCAUUUAUCAAUUAAGAACCAAUUUAGUGGCAUUGUGAAUAAAUGAUAAAUUUG